AUGUACACAUCUAACUCGGGCAUCAAAGUCAUCGUUGUCGGCGCUGGGUUCGGCGGCUUGACCGCAGCCAUCGAAUGCCACCGACAGGGACACGAUGUAGAAAUUUACGAGUCCUUUCCAGAACUGAAGGUUCUCGGGGACAUCAUCUCGUUUGGUUCAAAUGCUGGUCGGAUUUUCCAUCGUUGGGGAGACGGUGAAGUUGUCGCUAGACUUCGGCCGUUGUGCAUUGACAUCCAAGAAUACGGUUUCCGAAUUCACAAGUGGGACACCGGAGAAGUCGUCUACCAUCAGAAGAGGCCUCCUCCGAGUCCGGACGCGCCGGUGCUCAAUGGGCACAGGGGUGAGCUCCAUGAGGUGAUUUUCAAGUAUGCGCGAGACGACUUGGGUAUCCCAAUUCAUUUGGGCCAGCGCGUUUCGGAAUAUUUUGAGGAUGAGACCUCUGCUGGAAUAGUGCUCAAGGACGGCCAAAAGGUUCUGGGUGAUGUCGUUAUUGCCGCCGACGGUGUUCGAUCAAAAGCGAGGGAGCUCGUCCUCGGAUACGAGGACAAGCCCAAGAGCAGCGGUUAUGCUGUUUGGCGAGCAUGGUUCUCCAACAAGGACAUGAUUGCCGACCCCCAGACUAAGGAAUUCUGCGAGAAUGGUGACACGUUUAACGGCUGGAUUGGCCCAGACGUGCACUUUCUAUUCUCUACCAUCAAAGGAGGCAAAGACUGCUGCUGGGUUCUAACUCACAAAGAUGACCACGACAUUGACGAAUCGUGGUCCUUCCCGGGAAAGAUUGAAGAAGUGCUUGAGGUUCUUAAAGACUGGGAUCCCGUCUGCAGAGCCAUUGUCGAGAAAACGCCAUCAUUGGUCGAUUGGAAGCUCGUCUACCGCGACCCUCUACCAACUUGGAUCAGCAAGCACGGCAGGAUUUCUUUGCUUGGUGAUUCUGCUCACCCAUUUCUCCCAACUAGCGCCCAGGGAGCGACCCAGGCCAUGGAGGACGGAGUGUCAAUUGCUGUAUGCUUGAAACGCGCGGGGAAAUCUCAGAUUCCUGCUGCGCUUAGGACACACCAAGAAGUCCGGUAUGAUCGUGUGAGAGCAGUACAAAAGACUGGAGAAACAACUCGAGACCUGUGGCAUAGCACAGACUGGUCCAAGGUGAAGGAGAACCCUGAAAGCAUCGGGUUUCCAAGAGAAGAUUGGAUCCAUAAAUUCGACGGUGAAAAAUAUGCCGAGGAAAUGUUCGAGGGCAUUUUCAAAUCAUAUGUCGAACCUGUUGAACACAAGACCGAAAAUGCGUUGCUUUCGUCCGAGGUCAGCCGUACAGCAGCAGUUCCUUAG